UUUUAUUGCUCUAAUUCAUAUCUAUUGUAUUUCAGGAGUUUCUUCAAAUUAAAGCAAUUUUUAUUGCUCUAAUUCAUAUCUAUUGUAUUUCAGGAGUUUCUUCAAAUUAAAGCAAUUUUCAUUGCUUCAAUUUUUAACUUGUAGUUUAGCUUUCAGGAAAUAGAUUCUUGAACAUGGAUGGGGAAAACGAUAAACUGAUUUGUCAAAUCUGUAAAAAGAAAUACUCUAGUGUUUCGGCGAAAUAUCGCCAUUUGCGAGAUGUUCAUAAUGAACAACCUAUUGCAAAACAGACAGUGCAUAUAAAAUGCCCCAUUUGCCCUCAAGAAGAAAAAGUAGCUCUUGAGUCUCAUGAUAUGCUGAUUAAUCACUUACAGCAGAUUCAUUCUCUAAGUAUCAAGACAUCACUUUUUACUUUUAAGAAUGAAGAAGAAUUUGAGACUUGGAGAGCACUUGAUAACAGAAAUGUGGAUUACGUAAAACGAAGAGAUCGUAAAAUCAGCGAUGGACAGGUGGUAUAUUAUGAAUGCAAUCGUAGUAAUUUUUCAGGAUAUACUAGCCAAUGUAGCAAACGCAGCAUGAAAACUGGGGGAAGUAUCAAAAUCUCUGGUUUCUGUCCUUCUAGAAUUCGUGUGAAGAUAUGUAAUACAGGGGUGGAUGUUAAAUUUGUUGAAACACAUGUUGGUCAUGACGAUCUACUGCGAUCUAAACAUUUGACAAAGGACCAGCAGGAAAUGAUUGCUAGUAAAUUGGCAGCUGGAGUCACAAAAGAAAGAAUUUUGGAAGAUGCAAGAACUAUAACCGGCAAUAAGCUAGAAAGAAUUAAUGUGCUUAAAAGGGCAGAUCUUGCUUAUAUUAUAAGAAAAUUCAACAUAGAGAAGAGGAGACAUGAUGAUGACAUGGUUGCCACCACUUUGAAAGUGAAAGAGUGGAACAGUCAAGGAAAAAAUUAUGUUUUUUUGUUCAAGCAAAUUGGAGAAACCUACCCAGGAUUGAAGGCAGAAGACUUUGCUCUAGGAUUCAUGAACGAUGAUAUGGAGAGAAAGCUCAAACAAUUCAAAAGGAUAAUAUGCAUCGAUGGAACCCAUGGCACAAACUCAAGACAUUAUGAUCUGACUAUAGUUUUAGUCAAAGAUGAGAAUAAAAUCGGUUUCCCGGUGGCUUUCUUAUUAUCGAAUAGACUGGAUCAAACCAUCCAAAAUAUUUUUUUUGAUGCUUUGAAAUCUAAGAUUGGAGAGCCAGUGGACGCAGAAUAUAUUAUGACCGAUGAUGAUAUAAAAUAUUAUAAUGCAUGGUGUCAGGCAAUGGUAACAGAAAGAAAGCCAAGAAGGCUCCUCUGUACUUGGCAUGUUAUUAAGAAUUGGAAUAUACAGGGGAGAAACAAGUUGAAGAAUGUGGACAACAAAAAAGAGAUGAAAAAUAGAAUGCGAAAAAUUUUGAAGGAGACUGAUGUAUCAACAUUCCACAAGAUGAAAGACGAAUAUUUCAAGCAUUUGGAAGAAGGACAGGAAAAUGAGUUUUUGAAAUAUUUAAAGAAUUAUUAUUUCCAAAGUGAAGAAAGAAUCAUGAUGUGGGCUCACUGCCACAGAGUAAAUGUUGGGAUUAAUACCAACAUGGCUAUAGAAAGCCUGAAUAAAGUAUUGAAGUACAAUAAAAUGAGGGGAAAUCAGAAUUUACGGGUAGAGAAAUUACUGGACACUUUGGAGGAAUUGGUAAAUGAAAAGAUGUGGAAAAACAUUAUUGACACGAAAAGACCUUCUGCCAAUCAAUACCAGGCCAGAGUUAACCGAGAAGCUCAUUCGAAAGCAGAAAAUGGACUGACCGAUAAAGUAGUAUGCUUAGAAACUGGUUUAGAUGUCAAUGUGCAGAGUUUACUAUAA